CCACGGGCUCUGCCACAUAUGCAACGCAACCUGGGUCCUCGCUGCGCAUGGAGUCAUCCUCUGCUUCUCCUCUCGUUCUCGGCUGAGACGUCAUGGCGGAUGGCAAGUCUUUGCAGCCCACUCGUGCGCAGCCCCUAGAGCGAGACGAGGGCGCGGGGAGACGGGGCGAGCGAGAAAAAAAAGUCUCGCCAAACGCAACCCGGCCUUGCCCAUCCAUCCAUCAACGAGCCCCGCCCACGUCGCAGCAGACAACGCAUUCGCCAUGGCCGAUCCCGAAAAAGCCCUGGAUCAUCUCCACCAGUAUGUCAAGAGCGACCCAGAAAUGUCGAUGCCGGUCGCUGUCGUCAAGGCUUUGACCGAGACCAUCAAGAGCAGCCAGGCCUCAACCAUGUCCGAGCUCAUGAUGAAUCUCAAGACAUGCGGCGAUGCUCUCAAGGAACGAGGUCCGUCGGCCGUUGCUGCGACGGCUGGAUACGAUCUGCUGAGCCGUCACAUCUCCAACACCGACAACGAUACCACGAUCCAAACCUUCAAGGAACAUAUCAUCAAGAAAGCAGAGUUCUUGGCCAGCAACGCCCGCACCGUGCGAGAAAAUGUCGCCAAGGAGGGCUCCAACUUUGUCCGGGAUGGCUCGACCAUUUUGGUCCACUCGUACUCGCGAGUGGUCAUGCAGCUUCUCAUCUUUGCUGCCAAGGCCAACAAGCAGUUCAAUGUUUUCGUGACAGAGUCACGGCCUCUGUCAAGAGGAAAGGAGGCAGUUGCAAAACUCCGAGAGCACGGCAUUCCUGCCAAACUUAUCCUGGAUGCCGCCGUCGGAUACUUUAUCGAGCGGGUCAACAUGGUUCUGGUUGGCGCAGAAGGUGUCGUUGAAAAUGGCGGCCUGAUCAACCAGAUUGGCACUUACCAGAUCGCGGUCGUCGCCAAGGCCGCAAACAAGCCCUUCUACGUUGUGACAGAGAGCUACAAGUUUGUUAGGCUCUUCCCGCUGAAUCAAUAUGAUCUUCCUGGCCACACCGUUGCCCUGCGCUUUGGACAUGUUGCCGACGACGAGAUGACCAAGGACACUGAGCUGGCGGUGAGUUACAGGUUGUUUGGUGGGUCGCUGGCAUUGGCCAAUGCUCCAGUCCCCGGCGAACACUUGGACGCAAUGCGAACAUGCUCGCGCUUGGAAAGUCGGGGGCUCACUCGCGAGUGUCCGUGGCCGACCCGCUUGCAUCGAGUGCUGACCCUCCUUGCAUCCCACGCCAGAGUAACCCCUCGGUUGACUAUACUCCUCCGAACUACAUCUCGCUCCUGUUUACGGACAUUGGCGUGCUGACGCCAUCGGCCGUCAGCGACACACUCAUCAAACAGAGCAACUGAGCACCGCAGCCGGAUCGAGCCAGCGGAUCGAGCCAGCGCGGGCGUGCGUGUGUGUGUGGCGGGCUGUCUUUUCUGCGACCCUGGCACAAGGCCUCUC